UUAUGCAGCUGCCUGCCAUGUGGCGAGAGAAGGUACUGAAUGAAAUUGAACGAAUCGCUCACUGAGAGGACUAAUUACUUAUGAGUCAUCUGAAAGAUUCGUUCAUAUUGAACGAAUUGCUGAGAAAAAGACACGUAAUCACUGGUCAGUAUUAUUACCGCAGGCGGAUCAGUGCUGGAGCUGGCCACCAUGGACUUUAUGUCGGAUCAAGAUGUGCAGAAGUUCAUGGAGGACGGGUAUGUGGUCCUGGAAGGGCUGCUGACCUCUCUGGAGUGUGAUGAACUGAGGCAGAGAAUGACAGAGAUUGUGGACGAGGCUGAAGUCCCAAAGCACUGCCGCACCACCUUCUCCACUGAUCAUGAUGAACAGCUCAAAACACAGGGAAACACGGAGUAUUUUCAAACCAGUGGAGAUAAGAUAAGGUUUUUCUUUGAAGAAGGAGUUUUCGAUGACAAAGGGGAAUUCAUUGUACCAAAGCAGAGGUCAUUGAAUAAAGUUGGUCAUGCACUGCAUGCCCACGAGCCACUUUUCAAAAAGGUCACACAUUCAUCCAAAGUCCAGGGCGUGGCCAAGAAGCUGGGUCUAAAAAGUCCUGUCAUACUGCAGAGCAUGUACAUUUUUAAGCAACCAGAAAUAGGUGGGGAAGUGACUCCUCAUCAAGAUGCCACCUUCCUGUACACGGAGCCCCUGGGCAGAGUCAUGGGGCUCUGGAUCGCUCUGGAAGAUGCCACUGUCAACAACGGCUGCCUGUGGUUUAUCCCAGGCUCACAAACUGGUGGUAUCUCCCGGCGCAUGGUUCGCACCCAGAAAGGACACGCCAACAUGACAGACUUCAUUGGAAGAGAAAAGACCUAUGAUGAUGAGAAGUUUGUUCCAGUCCCAGUUAAAAAAGGUGACGUCAUCCUCAUCCAUGGUGAGGUGGUGCAUCGUAGUAAUAAAAAUGAAUCAAGUGACUCUCGCCAUGUCUACACCUUCCAUAUCAUGGAAUCCCAGGAAACACAGUGGAGCCCACAGAACUGGUUGCAACCAACUGAAGAGCUUCCUUUCCAGCCUCUCUACGUGUAGUGACGUUCAUGUGUCAUAAGACCCUGUGUUUCCCGUUCAGGGACCAAUGUAUAUGAACAGUCUUAACCACAGCAAAUCUGCUUCACUUCCUUGUGACAUUUUAUUCUACAAGAUGUCUUUGUUGGUCUAAGUAGCAGAACUAGACUUGUGAGUGUGACACUUAACCCUUGUGCAGUCCCUCGCAUUUUUGUACACACCGUUUGUCCUUGCAAUGAUUUUCAUCUUGUCCCAGAAUAUGAGUACUACUGAAUAUGAGGAAAAGUUGGCACAAGUCAUGCAGUACAGGAACAUGCACACACACACCCGGUGGUCACCUAGAGCCGAAGGACUUUAUAAGGGUUAAAAAAUAAGAAAAUUAAAAAAAAAUAUAUAUAUAUAUUUCUAAUCACAAAAGUCAAAAAGAUUUGUUUUAUUGAACAUAUCCAUUUGUUUAAAAUUCCAGACUUAAUGAAUGAUAGAUAACAUUUUCAUCUCUACGUACAGUCUCUGCAUGGGCCUGGUCGUAGAACAGCAUUUUUCUUUUUAUCCAAGGUCGUUCUCAAAUCACAGGAAUCCCUACAGCAAUUUAACAAACAAAUAAAAGUGAAUCUCUGGA